AUGGGGAACGACAUUGUGCUUGUGGACUCAGACUCAGAUCUGGAGUCACUUCUGUUGCAGAAGCUCACAUACAAGAAACAGAAACUUAGUCUGUUCCGGAAACCGUUCAUGUCAUCUGAUUCUCUGGAUGAGAAUGCCAAUAAUGAAAGAACCGAGGAACAGUCUGAGUCUGAGUCUGAAUCCGACUCUGAAAUAGCUUCUGAUGACAAUACCAGAGAUGGAGAUAUGAUUGCCACCAACAGUAAUGAUGUAAACGGCUCUGAUUCGUCAGAAGAGCUUAAUGGGAACUCACAAGCACAUAAUGAUUUGAUUGACAGUGAUAGUGCUGUUUCUCCACAAUCAGAUUCAUCAUCAUCAUCGUCUUCUCGAGAUAUUGACAUGAUUGCCCCUUCAUCUGUGGAUAUUGUUCAAGAAACUCGUAGAUACUUGAAAACUUAUGGAAAUGCCGAGUUCUUGGACAAGUACUUGCCUGAAACAGCCACUGCUGAUGAUAUGUUGAAUUUGAUGGCCAAAUUGGGGUACUAUCCAACUCAACUUAUGAAAAGUUUAAGACUGAGUAUACCAAACUCUGAUGGACAUGAGACUCCUCAAGUAUUGCUUGAUCUACCAAGUGUUGUCCAUGUGCUUUAUCGAGUUAUGGAGCGAGUGAAGAGAAAACGAGUUGCUCUUGAAGGCUUCACAACAUUUGAACAAACCUUGGAAGCGAUUGAAAGUUGUACCAAGAUCCUCGUAAUUACAGGUGCUGGUAUUUCCACUAGUUUGGGUAUUCCUGAUUUUAGAUCAUCUCAUGGGAUAUACAGCAAACUUGAACAUUUAGGCUUGAGUGACCCUCAGGAAGUGUUUGACUUGAGCUUAUUCUUUGAAGACCCUCUGAUAUUUUAUUCUGUGGCUGAUAUGAUCUUACCUCCAGAUAACAUAUACUCUGCAUUGCAUGCAUUCAUUCGAGUGCUUCAAGAUAAGGGGAAACUCUUGCGAAACUAUACCCAGAACAUAGACAACUUAGAAGCAAACAUUGGCAUUAGUUCAGAUAAGUUGGUACAAUGUCACGGAUCUUUUGCUACUGCAACUUGCAUCACCUGUGGCUACUCAAUUCCCGGAACGGAAAUAUACUCUGAUAUUCGGAACAAGAACAUUGCCAAGUGUCCUCAUUGUGAAGCUGAUAGAUUAAAGACUGUCAGUUCCAAGAAACGGAAACGGAGGCAAAACGAGAGUGAUGAUGAGGACGAUGAUGAUAAUGACGUAUUUGGACCUGCUUUUGGAGUGAUGAAACCUGAUAUUACUUUCUUUGGUGAGCCACUCCCACGUAGAUUCCAUGAUUUAAUCAAUAAGGACUUGGCCGAAUGUGAUUUAAUUCUUUGCAUUGGGACUAGUUUAAAGGUUGCGCCAGUGGCUGAUAUAGUUGAUAAGGUUCCAGCAUGUGUUCCUCAGGUAGUGUUCAACAAGGAUCCUAUAUUACACUGUGACUUUGAUGUUUCACUUUUGGGGUAUUGUGAUGAUGUUGCCAAAUAUAUAUGCAGCAAACUCCAAUGGGAGCUUCCUCAUAGCGAUACUCUGAUUGAGGGAUUGCAGUUGAUCAAAGAUGAUGAGAGAGUGUAUCUGAUUGGAAAAGAAGAAGAAGAAGAAGAAGAAGAAGAAGAAGAAGAAGAAGAAGAAGAAGAAGAAGAAGAAGAAGAAGAAGAAGAAGAAGAAGAAGAAGAAGAAGAAGAAGAAGAAGAAGAAGAAGAAGAAGAAGAAGAGGAGGAGGAGGAGGAGGAAGAUGAAAAGGAAGAACAACAACAAGCAGUUGAAAUAGAGAUUGAAUCAGUGACAGAGAUAAAGACAACGACAGAAACAUUGUCUGCGACUCAAGACAAUUGA